GCGUGUUGCCUCCAUUUUUUCUUCCUCUCAAGCCCGGUGGUACAUUAUUGCCUGCGAUCUAUUUUCUGUACGCACGUGGUCAUUCAACAAAAAUUGCCUUUUCAAAUUACAUUUGUCGUUGUUACAUCAGCAGAAUGGCUAAACCAAGAGUCUUUUUUGACAUAACUGCCGGUGGAACUAAUAUUGGCAGAAUUGUAAUGGAGUUGAGAGCUGAUGUUGUACCAAAAACAGCUGAAAACUUUCGUGCUCUGUGCACUGGAGAGAAGGGGUUUGGCUACAAAGGAAGCUCUUUCCACAGAGUUAUUCAAGACUUCAUGUGUCAAGGAGGAGAUUUCACCCGUGGAAAUGGAACUGGUGGUAAAAGCAUUUAUGGAGAAAAAUUUGCAGAUGAAAACUUCAGUCUAAAACACACUGGGCCAGGUAUUUUGUCAAUGGCAAAUGCAGGUCCCAACACCAAUGGAUCUCAGUUUUUCUUGUGUACAGUCAAGACUACAUGGCUAGAUGGCAAGCAUGUUGUUUUCGGUUCGGUAGUCGAAGGAAUGGAUGUUGUGAAAAAAGUUGAAUCAUACGGAUCAAAGGAUGGGAAGACCAGCAAAAAGAUUGUGAUACAUGAUUGCGGCCAGCUCUAGAAGUUGAAUGCUGUAAAGUUAAAUCAUCCGUUGUGCGCCUUUAUCUAGUAAAUAAAGAUCUUGUAAACAUGAUUGUUUUUUAUUUCAAAAAUAAUUUUGCAAACUUAAAUCAUUAGGUUAAAGCAGACAUUUAUCAAGUAAAUGAAAGAUUUUGUAAUUGUAAUUGUUUUGUAUUUCAAAAAUAAUUUUUCCAACUCAACAAUUAGGUUAGAGCAGACAUGUGGAAUUAUGCAUUGACCAAUUUUUAUUUGCUUUAACAUUAGAAACUUUAUAACAGAAGCCGUUUAUAAUGUUUAUCAAUGUGCGCCUCAUAGAAUCGUGUUGUAAUGUUUCUAAAAUUGAGUAGUGACGUAUUUAGUAAAUGUUCACAAAUGUUCACAAAUGUUCAUCUUAGAUGAGCCUAAAAUUCUAGACCAAAUGCACAUUAAACUUUCAUCAUUGUUUAAAUAUAGUACAUAUAUGCAUUAGAACUGUUUGAAAAUUAAUUAAACUGUACAACAGCAUAUUCAAAA